UGUGGCAAGACACUAUAAGACUUGAGCCAGCUUUGUGGAGGGCUAAUGUAUUGAACAUUUUAUCACGUCUGCAAUAUGAUGCUUAAUGGAAGCUUGGAAUUCAUUUCCUUGAGGUUAAGACUUUGAAGUGACCAUGGAGGACAUUGGUCCCCCUAAUGGUUCCCCCGCCCACUCAGGUUCCCAUGGCAACCUGGCUUCUGUGGCAGACUAUGACUACCUCAUCAAAUUCUUGGCUCUAGGUGAUUCGGCAGUGGGGAAAACCUGUUUUCUACAUCAGUAUAUUGACAAGGAAUUCAAACAUAGCUUUGCUUCUACAGUAGGGGUGGACUUUCGGGAAAAAAGACUGGUUCACCGUGUACCGGGGGCAGACGGGGUAGUGGGAAGGAGCCACAGGAUUCACCUUCAGUUGUGGGACACAGCGGGUCAGGAGAGGUUCCGAAGCCUUACAACAGCCUUCUUCAGAGACGCCAUGGGUUUUAUCCUCCUGUUCGAUUUGACCAAUGAGCAGUCGUUCCUCAACAUCAGAAACUGGUUGACCCAGCUCCAGACCCAUGCCUACUGUGAGAACCCGGAUAUUAUUCUCUGUGGAAACAAAGCUGACCUUGAGGACCAGAGGAAGGUCACAGAGGAACGGGCCAGAGAGAUGGCUGAGAAACAUGGGCUUCCAUACUUUGAGACUAGCGCUGCCACUGGACAGAAUGUAGCUAAGGUAGUAGAAUGCCUGCUGGACAUGGUCAUGUUACGUAUGGAACAGUGUGUGGACAAAACACAAAGACCCCAUGCACAGAACGGACGACGCCUACACAAAAAUGAAAUGGACGAGUUCAACAGUGAAUCCAAAUGUUCAUGUUAAUCCUAGUGACCUAAGGUCAAAGGUCAUUUGAUGUGUUAAUCAUAGUGACCUAAGGUCAGAGGUUAUUUAUUGUUAUUGAACUCUGUUCAAGGUCAGGUGCUCUUAGUCUUUGGUGAGUGUUUUCUCUGUUUGUCCAUCUUGCAGCUUCUGUGUUAGUAUUGUACUGUUAAUUUUAAGAAUUUUUUUCAACUUUUGAAUGCUAAAGACAUGUACCUUAAAGUGUGUAUAGUUAAUUUGUUUAUGGUACCAUGUUGUUUAAUUGUGAUGGAUUAAAUUUUUGUUAAUCUGAAAUGUAAGAUAAAAUGUUGCAAAGUAACUUAAGGUUGUUGAAGUAUUGUUGAAUGUAUAUUUUAUCUACAUUUGCUCAUUUAAGGCUGUGUCAGAUAAUUACAUGUAUGCAUGUAGUUAAUAUUGGUAAUUAUUUAUGGAAAUUUUAACUAUUUUUUUAAUAGACAGAGAAGAAUAAUUAUUUCAAUGAUUAUCCAAAGAAAUGAAAUAUUUGAAGCUCAGCUCCCUUUUUGCUUGAUGUACAGUAUGUAUUCACAUAUACAAGAGAAACUUUGAAAGAUGUCCUGUUCUGUUUGUCGGAAUUAAAUGCCUUGAUGUGAAUUGUUAAUUGUUAUAUUUGUUUAACUUUUUAAAAUCAUUUAUGAAUAAAUAUUUAAUUUGUAUUAAGUAAUUCAUGAUACAUAUUAAGUAAUAAAUGAUGCUUUUUUUUCAAAACUACCCUUUCCAAUUUAAUGUGAUGCUAUCAUGGAAGGUUACUCAAAAGGUGCAAUUGAAAGAUGAAAAUACCCUCAAAAAGUAUACAUUGUUAAAUGGGGUAUUUAGAUGUUAUGUUUAUUUCUGCAUUUAACGGUUUUUUUCAAUAAAUAUGAACAGAUUCAAAAUCUGAUGAGUUUAAAUAAUGAAUUUAAUUUUUGUACACUCUUUAUUUAACUACUGUGUUUAUUUAAAUGUAAUUUUUUUUUUCAAUUCAUGAGAAAAGACUUGUAAUGUUUGUAAUAUUUGAC